AUGAGGACCCUUCUGGUGCUGGCGCUCCUGGCUGCUCUGUGCGCUGACUUGGCUCCCGCCCUGCACUGCCACGUGUGCUGUGGCCACGAGAACUGUGAGUCUCUGGUGGAGUGCGCCCCAACCGACAAGUACUGUGUGAUCACGCGGGCAACCAACCCCGGUGGCAUGCUGGUCAUGAAGUCCUGCUCCCCGACGUGCCCGAACAGCACUGUGUCCUCGGACGGCCGCGCCCUCUCUGUCUCCUGCUGCCAAGGCAGCCAGUGCAACCGCAGCGCCGCGGCGGGUCUGCGGGGCAGCAGAGGGGCCCUGUGGGUGGGCACGGCCAGCCUGCUGUGGGCACUGCUGCGGGCGGCCUGGUGA